CACCCCUCCAUCCUUCAUCCACCUGCUUGUGAAUCAGUACCACAUUCACCUGAGUUUUGAGGUUUCCAAAACAUGGCCUCCCUUGCAGCUUCUACAGCUGCUGCUUCCCUUGGUAUGUCAGAAAUGCUUGGAAAUCCCAUCAACUUCAGUGGUGCCACAAGGCCAGCUCCAUCUCCCUCUAGUCCUGCCACCUUCAAGACUGUGGCUCUUUUCUCCAAAAAGAAAGCAGCACCUCCUAAGCAAAAACCUGCUGCUGUAUCUCCUUCUAAUGAUGAGCUUGCCAAGUGGUAUGGUCCUGACAGAAGGAUCUUCUUGCCAGAAGGUCUCUUGGACCGAUCUGAGAUUCCGGAGUACUUGACUGGAGAAGUUCCUGGAGACUAUGGUUAUGAUCCAUUUGGUCUUAGCAAGAAGCCAGAAGACUUUGCCAAAUAUCAGGCAUUUGAGUUGAUUCAUGCUAGAUGGGCAAUGCUUGGUGCUGCUGGAUUCAUCAUUCCUGAGGCCUUCAACAAAUUUGGAGCAAACUGUGGUCCUGAGGCUGUUUGGUUCAAGACAGGAGCUCUACUUCUUGAUGGGGGUACGUUGAACUACUUUGGCAAACCAAUCCCCAUCAAUCUUAUCGUUGCUGUCAUUGCUGAGGUUGUUCUUUUGGGAGGUGCAGAGUACUAUAGAAUUAUUAAUGGCCUGAAUUUUGAAGACAAACUUCAUCCAGGUGGUCCAUUUGAUCCAUUGGGGCUUGCAAAUGAUCCAGACCAAGCUGCACUACUAAAGGUGAAGGAAAUUAAGAAUGGUAGACUUGCUAUGUUUGCCAUGCUUGGUUUCUACUUCCAAGCAUAUGUCACUGGAGAAGGUCCUGUUGAGAACCUUGCAAAACAUCUCAGUGACCCAUUUGGCAACAACUUGCUCACUGUGAUUGCUGGAACUGCUGAGAGAGCUCCAACUCUCUGAAUCAAUCAUCUUCAUGUUUUUCUCCAAUCUUGAAUGUAUAAUACAUAUCACUCAGAUAUUAUUAAGGCAUUGGGCUUAGUUCCUUACAACUCAACUUACUCUUGACUUAUAGAGCAUGAGUACUGUGGCCUAUAAUUUGAAUUUUACAUUCUUAAAUUUCUUCUAA